AGCAUUUUGAGCGAGCUUGCAGAAAAUGAGAAGCUUUCAGCUGGCCACUGGCUUGUCCCUUCCAGCUGCCUGAAAGGCCGCUCGACGAGCAUUUUAGCUUCUCUUUAGCAGUAGCGGGGGGAGUGCGCGCACACCGCAAACACAAUUGGAAACCAGCGUGCAGGGUCAAAGACAACCAGACCCCCAUGUCAGUGAUCUAGGAUGGCCAGUGAAGGCACCAACAUCCCAAGUCCUGUGGUGCGUCAGAUUGACAAGCAGUUUCUGAUCUGCAGUAUAUGCCUGGAACGGUACAAGAAUCCCAAGGUUCUCCCCUGUCUGCACACUUUCUGUGAGAGGUGCCUGCAGAACUACAUUCCCGCCCACAGUUUAACCCUCUCCUGCCCAGUGUGCCGCCAGACCUCCAUCCUGCCCGAGAAAGGGGUGGCCGCACUCCAGAACAACUUCUUCAUCACAAACCUGAUGGAUGUGCUGCAGCGAACUCCAGGAAGUAAUGUUGAGGAGUCUUCCAUCUUGGAGACGGUCACUGCUGUGGCUGCGGGAAAGCCUCUCUCUUGCCCAAACCAUGAUGGGAAUGUGAUGGAAUUUUACUGCCAGUCUUGUGAGACUGCCAUGUGUCGUGAGUGCACUGAGGGGGAGCACGCAGAACACCCGACAGUCCCGCUUAAAGACGUGGUGGAGCAGCACAAGGCCUCCCUCCAGGUCCAGCUGGAUGCCGUCAACAAAAGGCUCCCAGAAAUAGAUUCAGCUCUUCAGUUCAUCUCAGAAAUCAUUCAUCAGCUAACCAACCAAAAAGCUAGCAUUGUGGAUGAUAUUCAUUCCACUUUUGAUGAGCUCCAGAAGACAUUAAACGUGCGAAAGAGCGUGCUGCUUAUGGAACUGGAGGUCAACUAUGGCCUCAAACACAAAGUCCUUCAGUCACAGCUGGAUACUCUGCUCGAAGGGCAGGAGAGUAUUAAGAGCUGCAGCAACUUCACAGCUCAAGCCCUUAAUCAUGGCACCGAGACCGAGGUGCUACUGGUCAAGAAGCAGAUGAGCGAGAAGCUGAACGAACUUGCUGACCAGGAUUUCCCAUUGCACCCUCGAGAAAACGAUCAGUUGGACUUCAUCGUGGAAACUGAAGGACUGAAGAAGUCCAUCCACAACCUUGGGACGAUUUUAACUACCAACGCUGUUGCCUCUGAGACAGUAGCGACGGGAGAGGGGCUGCGGCAGACCAUCAUUGGGCAGCCUAUGUCUGUCACCAUAACAACCAAGGACAAAGACGGGGAGCUCUGCAAGACUGGCAAUGCCUACAUCACCGCGGAACUAAGCACCCCUGACGGGAGCGUGGCGGACGGAGAGAUACUAGACAACAAGAACGGCACCUAUGAAUUUUUGUACACUGUCCAGAAGGAAGGGGACUUCACCCUCUCUCUGAGACUCUAUGACCAACACAUCCGAGGGAGCCCUUUUAAACUGAAAGUGAUCCGCUCAGCUGAUGUGUCUCCCACCACCGAAGGCGUGAAGAGGCGCGUAAAAUCCCCUGGGAGUGGCCAUGUAAAGCAAAAGGCUGUGAAAAGACCCGCCAGCAUGUACAGCACCGGAAAACGAAAAGAGAAUCCUAUUGAAGACGAUUUGAUCUUUCGAGUGGGUACCAAAGGAAGAAAUAAAGGAGAGUUUACAAAUCUUCAGGGGGUAGCUGCAUCUACAAGUGGAAAGAUACUAAUUGCAGACAGUAACAACCAAUGUGUGCAGAUAUUUUCCAAUGAUGGCCAGUUCAAAAGUCGUUUUGGCAUACGAGGACGUUCUCCUGGGCAGCUGCAGCGACCCACAGGAGUAGCUGUGCAUCCCAGCGGAGACAUAAUCAUUGCAGAUUAUGAUAAUAAAUGGGUUAGCAUUUUCUCUUCAGAUGGGAAGUUUAAGACAAAAAUUGGAUCAGGAAAGUUGAUGGGGCCCAAAGGAGUUUCUGUGGACCGCAACGGGCACAUUAUUGUGGUGGACAACAAAGCGUGCUGUGUGUUUAUCUUCCAGCCAAAUGGGAAAAUAGUCACCAGGUUUGGUAGCCGAGGAAAUGGGGACAGGCAGUUUGCAGGUCCCCAUUUUGCAGCUGUAAAUAGCAAUAAUGAAAUUAUUGUCACAGACUUCCAUAACCAUUCUGUCAAGGUGUUUAAUCAGGAAGGAGAGUUCAUUUUAAAGUUUGGCUCAAAUGGAGAAGGAAAUGGGCAGUUUAAUGCUCCGACAGGUGUAGCUGUGGAUUCAAAUGGCAACAUCAUUGUAGCAGACUGGGGAAACAGCAGGAUCCAGGUUUUUGAUGGAAGCGGAUCAUUUUUGUCCUACAUUAACACAUCUGCUGACCCACUGUAUGGUCCCCAGGGCCUGGCGCUAACUUCAGAUGGCCAUGUUGUGGUUGCAGACUCUGGAAAUCAUUGUUUCAAGGUUUAUCGAUACUUGCAGUAAUGGUGGGCAGCUGAACAACCCCUUACAAAGGUCUUGCACUAUAAACUGGAAUGGAUUUCUCAACGCGGGACCAGAUUAUGACUAGAUUUUUUGUGCUAGAGGGAAUCACUGGUGAACUUUCCAAGGGUAUUUCUGAAUGUAACAAUCUCCUUAAGACUGUGCAUCUAUCUGAUUUCUGUAAUUCACCUUUAGGGUUAAAAAAAAAAAGAGAAAACCUCUUCUACUGAAUCUACAAAAACUGCAAAGUUUUACACCUGUGAACUAUGGCUUAUAGAACAGGGCUUUAUGUAGUUAAACUAAUUUUGCAAAUCAAACAAACAUUUUAAAAAACUAGACUAUUUAAAGGUAAUUUGUUAAUCCUAUGAAUGGUACCUUUUGUUCAGAGCUUCCAAAAACUAAACAAAACAAAACAAAAUCUGUUGUAGUUACAUACUUUAUUUAACCUAGGUCACAAGACCUAAGAAAUCUUCUAACCUCACUUUCACAGUAGGUAUUACUCUUGUGACACUUUUUUGGUCAUCAAUAACUAAGUAUAAAUUACUUUAGAAAAAAUAAGGCUGUCUUGCAAAACCUUCCCAGCUCUGAUUGGCAGGCCUUGAUGUUAGCACCUAAGAAUAAAUGCAAAUUUCCCAACUUUUCUGGAUUAGAUCAAAGAUCAUUUUUGUGCUUUCUUUUCACUUUCUCUUUUGUGUUCACUUUGCUCCAGAAAACAAAGUGCAUUUUCAGGAAGACCUGAAAUUCCUAAUGCUUUGAAGAGCAUAUUAUAAUAGUCAUGCUACCUUUUGGUAAACAAACAGCCCCACAAACUCCAGAUUAAUGUACUGGAAUGUAAUCAAGAAAAGGUUAGUCACAUUGUAUGUGCUAUGUUCUCACAUGUGUCUAUCCUUUUCCACUUUGUGAAAGCGAAGGCUUUACCUCCUGCAAACUGUCAGCACAUGUAGUAGGACACCAGUAUCCUAGGACAGAGAGCCAUAAGUAGCCCUUUGGAGGACUGAUGGUGUCAACCAAAGGCAUGUGAUUGAUUAAUGGUUUCCCCUUAGAAAGCAAGUGUUACCAAAGUUGUGUUAUCUCAAAAGCAUUACAGGUAAGGGCAUGUUAUGGUUAUUUAUCAUUGUCUAAUGAAUAGUAGAGAUGUUAUGGGACUAUGUAUACAUGAUUAGGGUAAGGUAGAAUGUAUAAUAUAUAUAUAAAUCUAUAGCUGAAUCUUUGGUGUAUUGAAAUAGGCAGCACUCUGAAAGCAGACAGGCAUCGCCCAGCCAUUCUUCAGCACAUUCCUCUUACUGCACAUUUCAAGCCGUCCUAGUGGAGCAAGCCCUAAAGCAGAUUCGUUUUUGCCAUUUUCCAGGAAUGAUGGUGGUGGCUGACUUAUAGUCAGAAAACGGCCUUCUGUGCAUUACAAAA